AGCACUUCUGGCAAAGACCAAACUUUCAGAAUUACACACUUAGUAGUUACUCGGGUAUAAGUUACGUACUUGUAUAGCAGAUUAAAAGGCUAUACAGUAUAUAGCUGUUAAAUGCCCGCUUCUUACAAAGAAGUCAUUUAGUGUGAAUAUAUUGUAAUCGAAUAUUUUUUGUAGUAUUUCAUGUUGAAUUUUCGAAGCGCGCGGUGUAAUUUAUCGCCACCUAAAAAAGCGUUUUCUAAAACCUGGGGUUACGAGACCUUGCUAACUUUAGUUCGACAAGGUUUAAGCACGGGGGUUAAAAAAAUGCCGGAAAUUGGAGAGAAACGUGAUGCAUCAUCGCUAGGGGAUACCACUAUUACGGAUGUGGCUGAACAAAAAAAACCUCGAACCAGCGCUGAAACUCGCCUACUCAAUCAGACCGAAGCGGUUGCUGCGCCUGAUGGAUGCAAAACCUUGAAGACUUCAGAGACAGAUAAUUUAAAAAGCAGUUCGUCAAAUGCGGAUUUUGAACAAAAAUGGAAACUCAAAAAGUUUGCCAUGUGUCUCAUGUACUGUGGGAAAGGGUACCUCGGCAUGCAGAGGAAUCCUGGCGCAAAAACGAUUGAAGAGGAUUUACUCAGGGCAUGUCUUAAUGCAGGAUUAAUUACGGAGGACUCGUACAACAAUCCACAAAACAUGAUGUUCCAAAGGGCCGCUAGGACAGAUAAGGGUGUGUCGGCAGCUCGGCAAGUCGUUUCCUUGAAGCUACCAACAACAAAAGGCAGCCCAGAAGAAAUGACAGGGGCCAUCAACGCGAGACUUGUUGACCAGAUUCGUGUGGUUGGACUCAAAAGAGUCACGAAGAAUUUUAACUCGAAGAACAAUGCCGAUGCCCGGACAUACAGUUACGUUAUGCCCACCUUCGCAUUUGCUCCGCCAGAUGUAAUUGCUAAUGAAAAGUACAGGCUUACAUCGGACAGAGUCGAAAAGGCUAAUAGCUAUUUGAAGUUAUACUUGGGCAGUCACAACUUUCACAACUUUACGGCAGGGAAAUUGUCUAAUGAUCCGUCUGCGAUGAGGUAUAUUAAGGAGAUUGAAUGCAGUCAGCCCUUCCUCGUUGAUAAUUUCGAGUAUGUGCAAAUACGCGUCAAAGGUCAAAGCUUCAUGCUUCACCAAAUCCGUAAAAUGAUCGGGCUUGUCAUUGCUAUUAUGCGCGGCAAUACAGAAGAUAGCAUUAUUAAGCGUGCCUGGGGUCCUGAAAAGCUGGAUAUCCCAAAGGCGCCGGCACUGGGAUUGAUGCUUGAACAAGUACAUUACGAUCGAUACAAUAGUAACUAUGGAGGGGAUGGUAUGCACGAGGAGUUAACAUGGACAGAGCGUCAGCCGGACAUCCAUACUUUUAAGCACUCAUAUAUUUAUCCAAAUAUUUGGAGCACCGAAAAGAACGAUGACAGUAUGGGGUCAUGGAUGGCCUACUUGCCUUUACACUCGUAUGAUGUACGAGAGCACGAAGUUAAGGCAUUAUGUAUGCACCAGAUUCAAGAGGAAGACUUUGAAGCCGGUGAUCCAGACGACGACAGUAUAAUAAUAAACAAAUGUCAAGAACCUCGACCGCCAAGAUAAGAAAGAGGAAGUUAUCCAAUUAGAUAUCUCAUAACUUUUAUGUCCUAAUUAGACAAGACAUAUUAUACUUUGCUUCCACGAAGUGUUCGGUCAAUAGCGUCAUCUUAUUCUUUUAUCCUCUGCCUUCGUUGUUUGAAAUAACUUUUAUUUGGUACAUCGGCUUGCUCCAAUUUUAUACUAGUUUUGAGAACAACAAGUAUGAAUGUUUCAGUUGUUGAACCUAUGAGGUAGUCAAUUUGGCAGUAGAAUUAGUGAAAUGGUUCUAUGAUGGUUAUACAAAUCCUUUGCAUCAUAGUAAGUGCUGAAAAUAAAUAUUCAGUGAGACCA